ACAACCUGUCUGUGACCUGAUGUAAAUAAAUACAUAAAAAUGCUCCCUGGAAUUGGUGUUUUCGGUACUGGGGCGGUAGUAAAAGUUCUAGUGCCAAUUUUGCGAGAAAAUGGCUUUAAAAUCGAGGCCAUUUGGAGUCGAACCAUCCAAGAUGCACAAGAAACAGCUAAAGAAUUAAAAAUACCGUUUCACACCAACAAAAUUGAUGAUGUGUUGCUUCGCAAAGACGUGGAUUUGAUUUUUGUAUUGUGUUCGCCCAAUUUACACGCACAAAUUUCUGUCAAGGCUUUAGGAAUUGGCAAACACAUUGUGUGUGAUAAACCAGCCGGUUUGAGUCAGGCUGAUGCAUUGAAAAUGGUCCGGGCUGGACAGUAUUAUCCCAGUUUGAUUUCUUUGAUUAACCACUCAUUUAGGUUUUUGCCCGCUUUCAUGCACAUGAAACGACAAUUAAAAGAAAACUAUUUGGACUCCCCAAUAACUUUGAUUGACAUACGAAUACAAAGUGGGUCCCUAUUUACAGAAGCGGACACUUUUGAUUGGAAGUGUGAUGAUACUAUGGGAGGUGGCACUUUGAACUUAAUUGGCAGUCAUGUGGUUGAUUUGGUGACAUAUUUAACAGGCCAGAAAGCCGUUAAAGUUCAUGGUGUUGUCAGAACAUUCACUAAAAACACUGAAAAAAUCAAUGGUAUAAGAAACAUAUCAGCACCAGAUUUUUGUACAUUUCAAAUGGAGUUAGAAAAUGGUAUUUUAGUAACGGCAACUUUAAAUAGUCACACUGUUGGAAAUAAUUUUCAACAAGAAGUUAUGAUUUGUAGUAGUUCUGGGCAUUUAGUAGUGAGAGGUGGAGAUUUGUUUGGCAAAAGGCACAAAGGAAAUGAAGAAGUCAUUUACUUGGAUGUUGAGGAUUUACAAUGUCCAGUACCAAACUCAAUUCUGCCAAAACCAUUCAUAAAAGGCUUGUGCAAAAUGGUUUCAGCAUUGAGAGAAGCAUUUCUACCAGUCAAUGAAAAAGCAGGUUGGGUCAAAGAACCAGUUUGUUCAGCUGCCAAUUUUGAAGAUGGCUUAUAUGUUCAGGCUGUCUUGAGUGCAAUUAGACAAAGUUCACAGAACAGACAAUGGGUCAAAGUGACUGUUAUGACUGAACAGCCAGACAAAAAUGAACUACUUAGUGCUGUUGUCAGGAGAACUGCUAUAUCUAUCUCCUAAAUUUUUAAUCAAAUAUAGAUUUAAUUUAUUUAUUUAACUAUAUUUACCCUUAUUAAUUAAGUGUAUUAAUAUAUUCUAUUAUAUUCA